UGAGGAAAUCAUGGCGGCGCGCUUUAUCUUUGGAGUUCCCCGUAGCUGGAGGAGCUUGUGGGGAUCCUCGCUACGGGAUCCCGCCGCCCCUUGUAGCUUCUCUUUUCGGGGGUACGCUAAGAGGCCGGUCAUGAAGGGAGGCAAAGGCAAAGCUUUACCUGCAGAGGCCCUGAAGGACCCAGAGGUGUGCAAGGACCCAGUCAUGCUUACCACCCAUGCCAUGGGAGUCAACAUCUACAAGCAGGGCUCUGAAGUGGUCCUGAAGCCUGACUCAGAGUAUCCUGACUGGCUCUUUGAGAUGAACCUGGGGCCGCCCAAGACCCUGGAGGAGCUGGACCCUGAAAGCCGGGAGUACUGGCGGCUGCUGCGGAAGCAGAAUAUCUGGAGGCAGAACAAGUUACACAAGAACAAGAAGCUGUGAUGGAGGACAGCGAAGGCAGUGGCGUCCCUGUGCCCCGGAUGUGUUGCGAUGGGACAUCCCCUGGGGACUCUCCCCACCUCCACCCCCCCACUAACCAGGGCCUCCUCCUGGGACAGGACUUUGGGCAGCAGGGGUGGGGGCCACAGAGAAAAGGGUUUUCGCCCAAGAACAUUGUGUUUUGUUGGGGAAAAAAAGCAAGAAUUGGAAGAGAUAGCUCCUUCCCUUCUAUUCUUGGACCAUGAUUCUUCAAGCCCACCUCUCAUCUUACCUUCUGAGGCUCCCAGCAGCCCUUUGUGCUGGGAGGCUGGCUGGGAGGACCUGGGCCCAAGGCAGGUGAAUAAAGCCCUCCCAGGAUGACU